GGCCAUCUUCUCUCUCCGGGCUUGAGAAGACAAGUGUUACAACAGAUAUGGCUGACUACUCGAACGUGGCUCCGCCGUCGGGAAAUGGCGCCGGAAUGAACGACGCUUUUAAAGACGCACUUCAGCGAGCUAGACAGAUCGCCGCUAAGAUUGGUGGCGACGGCGUUCCCGCGGCACCCUCGGGUAAUGAGUUUGCCUACGGAGGCCAGAAGCGACCCCUAGAAGACGCCGAUGACUGUUGGACCAGUCUAAACAGUAGAACGCAUCGGGAAGGGAUGAACUCUCCUUUCUCAGACCAACCAGAGACCAAGAAGGUGGCACCGAAUGACCCGUUCUCAGCAGCGAUGGGAAUGGGAGGAAUGGGAGGCGGUGGACCACGGUCGGCAUCAGAGGAGUUCAAGGUUCCUGACGGGAUGGUUGGAUUCAUAAUUGGAAGAGGAGGAGAACAGAUAUCCCGCAUGCAGCAAGAGUCGGGAUGCAAAAUCCAGAUCGCCCCCGACAGUGGAGGAAUGCCUGAUAGGUCAGUCACACUGACAGGAUCCCCAGACUCAAUACAAGCUGCCAAGAGGCUGCUGACGGAGAUCGUUGAUAAGGGUCGUCCUUCUCCAGCCUUCCACCACAACGACGCCGGUGGCCCCGGUAUGUCUGUCCAGGAGAUGCUGGUCCCUGCCUCCAAGGCUGGCCUGGUCAUCGGGAAGGGAGGAGAGACCAUCAAACAGCUGCAGGAGAGGGCCGGGGUCAAGAUGGUGAUGAUCCAGGAAGGGCCUCAGAACACAGGAGCGGACAAACCUCUACGCAUCUCUGGGGAACCUUUUAAAGUCCAGCAAGCCAAAGACAUGGUGAUGGAGCUGAUCAGAGAGCAGGGAUUCAGGGAGCAGAGAGGAGAGUACGGCUCCAGAAUGGGCGGCGGAGGAGGAGGAGGUGAGGGCCUGGAUGUUCCUGUCCCCAGGUUUGCGGUAGGAAUCGUGAUCGGGAGAAACGGAGAGAUGAUCAAGAAGAUCCAGAGCGACACAGGAGUCAGGAUCCAGUUCAAACCAGAUGACGGCAGUACCCCGGAGAGGAUAGCCCAGAUCGUGGGUCCUCCUGAACAGUCCCAGCAUGCAGCAGAGAUAAUCUCAGACCUUCUGAGGAGUGUCCAGCAGGGGGGACCGGGUGGUCCUAACGGAGGGGGCAGGGGCAGAGGCAGGGGGGGUAACGGGGGUGGUAACUGGAACAUGGGUCCUCCAGGAGGACUGCAGGAGUUCACCUUCACCGUCCCGACCAUGAAGACCGGUCUCAUCAUCGGCAAAGGAGGAGAGACCAUCAAGGGCAUCAGUCAGCAGUCUGGAGCGCGUAUUGAGCUCCAGAGAAAUCCUCCCCCCAACUCCGACCCCAACAUUAAGAUGUUCACCGUCCGGGGAUCUCAUCAACAGAUAGACUACGCACGGCAGCUGGUCGAGGAGAAGAUCGGGGGUCCAGUCAGUCCAAUGGGUGGUCCCCAAGGUCCUCCAGGCCCCCACGGAGGUCCGUCUCCCCACGGCCCCCCCGGUCCUCCUGGGCACCCUGCUCAGAUGGGCCCCUACAACCCUGGCCCCUACAACCAGGGACCGCCAGGACCACAUGGUCCUCCGGCUCCCUACCAGCCUCAGGGUUGGGGCAACGGCUUCCCUCACUGGCAGCAAGGACAGCCUGAUCCUGGUAAAGCUGCAGCUGAUGCCAACGCAGCGGCCUGGGCAGCGUAUUACUCCCAGUACCAGCAGCAACCCCAGGCCCCCAUGACGCCCACCGGCGGUGCCCCUGGCACCACACAGGCCAACGGGCAAGGUGACCCCAAGGGACCUGGGCAUACUGGGCAGGCCGAUUACUCCAAGGCCUGGGAGGAAUAUUACAAGAAAAUGGGGCAGCAAAGUCAGCAACCACAGGACUACACCAAGGCCUGGGAGGAGUACUACAAGAAACAAGGUCAAGUGGCCCCUCAGGCGGGAGCAGCACCAGGUGGUCAGCCUGCCGGUCAGCCUGCCGGUCAGCCGGACUACAGUGCUGCCUGGGCAGAGUACUACCGUCAGCAGGCUGCUUACUACGGACAGGGCAGCCCACAGGCCAUGGGGGCACAGCCACAAGCACCUCAGGGCCAGUAAUGUGAAGUGGACAUAAAGUAAAUGCGACAUUGUGGAAACAAAAACCCUUUGUUAAAUGUGUUGGAUGGUGCAGAUGCCUUGAAGAUCUUAAUUUCCCCCUUUGGUUGGUUGGUUUUCAAGUGUUUCACAAUAAUGUGACGGCAGCAGUCUACCCGGAGACACACGUUCUUCAUCCAUUGCUAUCUUUUUGGUUUUUCUACCUUCCCCCCCCCUUGUAAAUGAACGGUUUUGGGUUUUUAGUGAGGUAAUUAUGUUCAUUCCAGCCCCAUGUAUCUUCAUGCUAUGUGGUUCAAGAGCUCCUGUUUAUUUAGCUAGUUUACCAUGGAAAAUCAUCUCUGUUUUUAAAUAAUAUGCCUGUUGUGUUUUGCAAUAAAACUAAGUGAAACCUCCUGUGUUGGUAAGUUGGGUUGGUAAUAGCUAUUACAAUAUGAACUCGACUUCAAAUCGUGUAUUUUUUUUUUUGUUAUUUUUUUUUACCAUGUUCAGUUUCUCUCUAACUCUACACAGCUCCUGGUAACUUAGUACAAUGUUUUUAGAUGUGUCCUUCGCUCUGCCUUUUUGACUGGGGGAAGGGGGGGGGGGGUGUCCAAGUUUCGGUGUUCCCCAAGGUUCUGUUUUAGGACCACUAUUGAAUAGAAUAAUUUACCUGUCUUUACUCUUGGUUAUAUUAGUCUUUGUUUUUCCCCUACAUCUCCACCUGUAUUGUAGGACUAGACAUGUUUCUUAUACCAUAAUGUAGUAUUAGUGGCAUAAUGUUAUGAUACAUCUUGACUCAUGCAUUACCUGAAGUGUUUGGUUGUUGUGGCAUCUCUGUCAAACAACUGAUCGACUCUUGUCUGUUGUGUUGACUGGCUGGCUGAGAAUGAAAUGGUACCCUAUUUCCUGUUUAGUGCACAAGGCUCCCUUAAAAGUAGUGCUCUGUAUAGGGAAUAGGGUGUCGCCAUUGGAGACAUCCUGAAGCAGACUUUGUUGAGGUAACGUUAGUGUGCUGCAUUGUUUUCAUAUUAAGAGUAACUUCCUCCUUCACAGCCAAGCUUAGUCAAGCGGUAAGCAAAGCAAGUAUAUAUAUAUAUGGCGAGAAAAAUAAUUUAAUCCGAAAUGUUCCUCAGAAAAUGUGACUCUCACUGUCGAAAUGUUGCUUUAGUUUAUUAUAGGUAUGUUUUUGCUGCUCCCUGUGUCUCUUCCAGGACAGGUAAACUGACGUGUUCUGCUGUAUUGCAUUGCAUUCAAACGUUUGUUUCUCUCCCCCCCCCCCCCCUAAAAUGUAUACAUUUUCUGGCCUUUUGAUACUAUAAAAGAACGUGACAUGCAAAAGUCGUAUUUUUAUUUUUGCUCUGCCCAUGCAUUGUUCUGUUAGUUUACCCAACGGAAGGAACGUAGGUUGUCUGUAGGGCCGAGGGGUGGUCUGAGCUGGUCUGAGCGGUACCAUCAGCCAACAGGGUUGACCUCUGACCUCCUACUCUGUAAGUACAAUACUGUGACUAUAUAUAACAAACCCAGUUAUUUUCUGGCUGUCAAUGUAUUUCUUUGACUGAUGAUUACAAAACUUAUUGUUUCUGUCAAAUUGCAUAUUUUUUUCCUUAAAAAAAAAUACUGGGUAAGUAUCAAAAGUUAUGAUAAAGUACAGUAUCUUGGAAUUGUCAUUUAGAAAUUAUAACCAUUUAACCAUUUGGACAUAGAUUGCAUUGAAUAUUUGUAGUUUUUUUUAGGUAGGAAAGUGUUCUGUCAUAAUACCAGUCGGACUGUUCUGUUGGAACUCUGAACUGAAGGUUCUGUUCCUUGCGAUGCAGAAUGCUUUGCGCAGUGGUUCAUUUAGGAAUGUUAGAAAUCGUUAAAGUGCUUGAUUUUUAGAUAACAACAAGUGCCAUUGCUUAGCCAGAAUAGAGAUGUAAUUAUGAAUUUAUUUCAUCAAUAUUUGAAAAAGAAAUGCCAUUUGAUAAGUCUCAAGAAUUUAGUUACUAUUAGAGAUGCAUAUUUUUUCACUGCAGUAAUGGUGUGAUUCAGUCUGAAAUGUUCUAGCUUCCCCCCCAUAGUAGCAUUUUGAAGUUGUUUCUAUGCUGUUUUAUUGAUGUCUCCAGCAUGUUGGGUUGUCAUUCAGUAGAAUGUUCUACAAGUGCUUCUGAUUUCUAAGUGAUACAGUUAUUCCAUGGACGUUUCCCAUUCUAUUGCUAUUGAGUACUGUUCUGAAACACAACCUAUAAGGCUGUUUUGAACUGAAAUGAGUGGCAAACGGUGCAAAUAUCAUGUGUGAUCUUUGCAGUAUCACUGUCAUCCCAGACCUCGAUCCCCUUAGGUUCUGCUGCGGUCACACAGGUAAGCGACCCUAAGGAAAACCGCUGUGUUCUGACCUAUCAUAUACAGGAUAUAUAUUUACACCCAGAUGGGGAUCCGUUUGUACUCACCUGAAUUUGCCUGAUUUUUAUAUUUCUGCUUACCUGUGCUGUGUAGUAACACUAGCUGUGCUCCUGAUAUUGAUGAGUCAUGUCCAGGUAGGAUUCGUAGUGAUAUCAACAGCUGUUUUUUUUGUUUGUUCAUAGAGUAUAUUGAUGAUAGUGCUGUGAUUUGAUGGUGAUGAAUGAUUUGCAUGGUUUCAACAUGAGUCGUAUGGUUUGUUAAGGAGCGGCAACGUUUUUUUCCCCCUCUUAGGCCAAUUGCAAUGUGGUUUGAUGGCUUUUCCCAGCUGACUUAUCGUAGUACAAUUUUGCAAAAAAAAAAAAAAGCGUUCUCUCUACAUGCUGUUUUCAGUUCUCAUUUUCUGAGGUCAUUUUGUUGUUAUUGAUAUAAACUAUCAUGAGGCAUAUUAUAACCCAUAACUUGGUAAGUCUCUGCAACGUGAUCUUUGAUGCAUAGAGCUCGAGCCCUGUACUUUAACAUUACUAUCAUAUAAAACUGCAAACAGGCAACUCGGUCUGUCAUAAAGCCAGCCCUAUGUGCAUAUGUAUAUAUGCGUACGUAUUAGUAAGUCUACAAACGUUCAUGAGAGUACACCUGCAUAUGAUGCUCAAUGCUGUUCAACUGACUCAUUGGUGUUGACUGAAAGCUGUGAACUUGAAUAUGCAUUCUAUAUUGCCGCUGCCACGGUGCUGUAAUGGUGUUCUCAUAAAACCCUGCUGCCUGCCUCCCUCCACCUCUCACUCAGAUGCUGUUGGAAGCCAGAGAAGGUUCUAGAAGCCAGCGUAGGUUCUAGAUUCAGGAACCUGUAAGUUUGUCCCUACCGUAAAGGAGACUGCUCUGAGAGGCAUCCUUUGAGGCUGAUGAUCAAGGUGUAGGUGACCAUUCGAGAGCGAGCUCCAGAUAAGGUAAACAAAGCAAUGAAAUACAGAAUUGUGUGAUUUGCUCAAGUUUACCAUGCUGUUUGCUAGUUAGGGCUGUAUUUUUAGUCCAGGUUUCCCCUCGUCUCGUUAUAAAAAAAUUUAAAGAAGGUAACCUGUCGUAGAAUUAUUGCAAGUUGUCUAACUGAACUGAUGUCUAGUGUUUCUCCACAUGUUUUCAUGAUGAUUCUAUUGAAUGCCUUCCCUUGCCCGCUCACCCGCUGGGAUGUGUCCCAAAUAGAACCCUAUUCCAUAAAGUGCCCUGUAGGCUCUGGUCUAAAGUAGUGUACUAGAAAUGCCAUGGGGUUCCAUUUGGGAUGUAGCCACUGUCAUAACUAGGCCUUGUUGCAUAGUUGAAGUCACCAAUGCUUGUCAUCAGGAUUCUAAAGUGUCCCACAUUUUUGUUUGCAAAUGCUCCUAGAUAUUUUGUUGUGCGACCUGACUGACGGGUUUUAUUUUGGGUGCACCAGUGUGGCCAGAUAAUACUGGUCAUUUUUUAUUUGACCUCUUAUUGAACAAGGCAAGUAAGUUAAGAACAAAUAUAUAUAUAUUUACAAUGACGGUCUAACCCAAUUGUGCGGCGCCCUAUGGGACUCCCAAUCACGGCAGGUUGUGGUACAGCCUGGAAACGAACCAGGGUCUGUGGUGACGAGAUGCAGUGCCUUAGGCCGCUGCGCCCCUCGUAAGCUGUAAAACUGGCCAAUUGUUUCAGAGUGCCCCGGAGGAGAAAGCGAGCGCAGAUUCAUACCCUCUAAAGCCUACGUGUAAAGAAUAUUAAAGAAUACAUCGGUGAUUUCUAUUUCUUGCAAAUUUCUGACGACCUAACGGCAUGGCUGUCGGCUGCUUUGUGUAGCCAGGUAGAUGCCCAAAUAGUAAUUUCUAAAUUUUCCAAUAACUUUACAAAUUAAAUGUUAACUGCAACGUAGGCUUAACUGGCAUCGUGAUAUAAUGUCAGGGUCUUUUGUUUUGUGAACUCUGCUAUUGCAUAUAGUACAGUAGACACUGCCAGCCAAAACCCUUUUCAGGUGCGCAAUUGAAAUUAUUAAGGGAAACUAUACAUAUUGUCUUCCCCAGACCACUUAAGUGGGCUCUUGAUCUAGUGUAAGCAUCGCUGUGGACUUAGAAUAUCCUAUUCAUUUUUGUGAUUGAGUGAACCUUAUCAAAUAAAAAGGGGGAUCCCACACAAGAGGUAAAUAUUUUGGUGUCAUGGCAAAUGUAUUGGCUAGUAAAAAAAUAAAAACAUAUCUGUACUUUUUUUUUUUUUUGGUGGAUAACUUUUUUAGGCCCUGUUCAUAAACCAGGUCGUGGGUCGUUCCAAAGCUGCUCACUGGCAUUUUAUAAAAUAUAUUUUUUUUAUUUUUGUUUCGUCAUGUUAACUCAACCUAGCUAGCCAACAACCUGGUUACUUUACCAGUAUAUCAAACAUCUGGGGGCACAGAGGGAGAGGAAGGGUUAGCUUCUUCAGGAGAUCAUUGAAUGAAUGAGUGACUUGUAUGUCUCAUCACGAACUUGAUGCUCUUAAAGAGACAGUGUAGAAUUUAAUCAUCUCAAUAGGUAGUGCUUUGACACAAUGUCAAAACCUAGUGUAUAAUUUCAAUGGAAGGUUUUAAAAUCAACAUUUUCUUUCUACGGGGUUUAAUAUUAGUUUCUAGAGCUCAACAAUGUGCUUCAAAAGUAGCUUGAAUUAAUUUUAAAGCCCAUUAUGCUUCCUCAAACAAAAAAAAUACAAAUAUUCUGGUGUGCCUAGAUCAUUUAAAAUUAGGAGCACCAGUGCUUCCACUGUUAAUUUAGACCUCAGCUAGAGAGUUAGAUGAGAUGUAACCAGGAACUGCUGCUUUUGUGUUUUUCAACCAUUAUGGCAGGAAAUUGUAGUUGGCUAUUCUAGUUUUCACUUCAUUCAUGAGAACCCACAUACCUCUGCUAGUGAUUUUGCUAUUCACGUUUUUUUUCAUAAAUUAGUGUAAUCUGUGUGUUAGAUGCUCUAUCAUCUCUGAGCAAAGUGUUUCAAGGAGUUUGGGGGCUAGGUGUCAUCUAGAAGACUAAAUCAGAAGGGAGAAAUAUGGAGCAUACCUUAGAGGUAAACAAAUUGAAACAUGUUUCUUGUGAUGCCUUAAUAUUAUCAAAUGUAUCUUUUUUGGUUUUGUUUCCUGUCUUUAUGAAAUGACUGUUCUGCAUCUUUGUUGCCCUGUCCAGUAAUAAAGUUGUAACAUUUA